UAGUACACAAUGUGAUAGGAUAUCAUUAUGGUAUGGCGUUAGCAUCCUGGCACUUUAGAAGCCGGUGGUCAAGUGACCAAUGCCAGAAUCCCGACACUAAUCGGAAUCCCAGCACCGGAACCCUGACCGACAGCAUCCUCAAGAAAAUGGAGGGUUUUCAUCAGGCAAAUACAGCUUUAUCGAUGGACAUUUUCAAAAAAUUUACUGAACAGAGGAAGACAGAAAAUUUUAUCUUCUCACCAAUAUGUCUGUCGUACUCCUUGGCUUUAGGUUUUAAAGGAUCCAAAGGAAACACUGCAACUGAGAUAGAAAAGGUUCUUCAUUUUGAAAAAGUCAAAGAUUAUGAUUUUGGAUUUCAAACUCUGAAUUCAGACAUAUGUAAAAUCAGUGCUACAUUACCCCUGAAAGUGGUCAAGCGUCUUUAUGUCGACAGUAGUUUCAACUGCACGAAAGAAUUUAUCAAUUCAACCAAGAAACCAUAUCCAUCAGAACUGGAAAUAAUUGACAUUAAAACCCGAGCAGAAGAGGCCAGAAAUCAGAUAAAUGCUUCAAUAAAAGAACUCACUGAUGGUCAUAUGCAGAAUUUGUUGAGCGAGGGUUUGUUGAAUGAGAAUACUAACAUGCUCAUGCUUGGAUCUGCAUACUUCAAAGGUUGCUGGUUAUAUAAAUUCAACGAAUCUGAAACAAAAGAAGGAGUGUUCCACAUUAACAAGACUGAAACUAAGCCUAUACAAAUGAUGCAGCUGGAGGCACGACUCAGCAUAAGAUCCAUAAAGGAACUUAACCUGGUGAUCUUGGAUAUCCCAUUUGCAGGCAAACACAUCAGUAUGCUCAUUUUGAUGUCAAAAAACACGGAAGAUGACUCCGCUGGACUAGAAAAGCUGGAACAAGAUCUCACCUUAGAGAAUUAUCUCAACUGGACCAACCCAAGCAUGAUGGCCAAUAGCAAAGUAAAACUAACUUUACCCAAGUUCAAGAUCGAGAGCAGUUAUGAUCUAAAGGACAAUCUGAGGAGCUUGGGGAUUAAUGAUGCAUUUGAUGAAGAGGUGGCUGAUUUUUCUGGAAUGUCAGAGACUAAAGGUCUUUCUAUAUCUCAGGCAAUGUAUAAUGCUGGGAUAGAUAUCACUGAGGAUGGCACUGAGACAGCAGAUGUGACCAAGGAGAGGUACUUGAUGCCCAAAACAGAGUGUAAUGUGGAUCACCCUUUCCUAUUUCUAAUAAGACACAAAAAAACACAGAGCAUUUUCUUUUGUGGCAGGUAUUGCUGCCCCGAAGCAUCAUGUUAGGCUUUCAGUAAUUUGUUUAACACACAUCUGUUACAAAAUUGUUUAAUAUUUUAUCUUACAACUACUGCCUAUAGCCUAUGUAAUGCCCCAACAACACAUUUUGUAUAUGAAAAACUACAGAUUUGAGUUAGUAGUUCUUCUUCAGUAAACACAAAUAAAUCAGACGAUAAACAACUA